UUGUGGUGUUGCGCGCAGCUCUCAGCCGGGCUCCUACACACUACCCACACCCGUACCUGUGCCAGGCUGUGACCAAGUGUUUGGAACCACUACCUCUUCAAAAUACCCAUUUUUGAGUGGGGGAGAAAACGGCGCCGCAGCCUCCUCGUUUUGGACGCCUGUUGCGAAUUAAUAAUCCCAAGAAAGCCUUACCUGGAGUAUAUGUGUGUGAGGGUGUGUGUGUGUGUGUGUGUGUUUCUGUACAAGGAGGUGCACUGAAAGUGUGUUUGUGCGUGUGAGACGUUUCCCUGGAUCAGGACAAUAAGGGUCGAGGCUCCGAAAAAAGGGGGGUGGAUUUGGCCGCUGCGAGCCGGGGACAUGUGGAAGUUUACGCCGCUCUAGCGCUGCCACAGAGCCGCUCAACCGCUUCUUCUAGAUCCCUUCUGGGGGGAACCCAACUUGAUCCAUCUACAGCCCCAGAGGAUCCAAAUGUAAAUAUAGGACGUGAAAUUGAAGAAACGACAAGGAGGACGGCAUCCCGCUGAGUUUGGUGAACUCUUUCAAGGAUCUUUUUUCUCUCUUUCUCGCUAUUUUUUUUUUUUGGUUCCCUUUUUUCCACUUGCCGCAAUGCUGGGAGCCCUGAACCCCGCGGGCCACGGUCGAUCUCCGGUCUCAGCGCUGGGGCUGCUGGUGGCCCUGUUGGCUCUCGCUUUGUGUGGAAGGGGGGCAGCCGGACAGCCGUGCCCGACCCAGUGCUCCUGCACCGGCACUACGGUGGACUGUCACGGUCAAGGGCUCCGCAACGUGCCCCGGAACAUACCCCGCAACACGGAGAGGCUGGAUCUGAAUGCAAAUAACCUGACUAAAAUCACCAAGGCAGAUUUUGCAGGAUUAAGACACCUGCGAGUGCUGCAGCUAAUGGAGAACAAAAUCACCACAAUCGAGCGAGGAGCCUUCCAGGACCUGAAGGAGAUGGAGAGACUGCGCCUGAAUCGGAAUAACUUGGCCGUCUUUCCCGAGUUGCUCUUCCUGGGAACGACAAAGCUUCACAGACUUGAUCUCAGCGAAAACCAGAUUCAAGGAGUGCCCAGGAAAGCUUUCAGGGGAGCUGUGGAAAUCAAGAACCUCCAGCUGGACUACAACCACAUCAGCUGUAUUGAAGAUGGAGCCUUUCGAGCUUUACGUGACCUGGAAGUACUCACCCUCAACAACAACAACAUCAGUCGCCUGUCAGUGGCCAGUUUCAACCACAUGCCCAAGCUCAGGACAUUUCGCCUGCACUCCAACAACCUUCAGUGUGAUUGCCACGUCGCCUGGCUCUCGGAGUGGCUGCGGCAGCGCCCCCGUCUGGGACUUUACACACAGUGCAUGUCCCCGCCACACUUGAGGGGGCACAAUGUUGCAGAGGUGCAGAAGAAGGAGUUUGUAUGUACAGGUUACCAGACGUCGUCUUCAUCCUGCAGUGUGUUGCAAUGCCCUGAAUCGUGCACCUGCAGUAACAACAUUGUGGACUGCAGAGGGAAGGGUCUGACAGAAAUACCCACCAACCUCCCUGAAACUAUUACUGAAAUCCGACUGGAGCAGAACGCCAUCAAGGUGAUACCGGCCGGCGCCUUUUCUCCGUAUAAGAAACUGCGAAGAAUAGACUUGAGUAACAAUCAGAUAUCAGAGUUGGCUGCCGACGCCUUUCAGGGUCUGCGAUCCCUCAACUCUCUAGUCCUGUAUGGCAAUAAAAUACCAGAGAUUUCCAAAGGGCUGUUUGAAGGACUGUUUUCACUACAACUAUUGUUGCUGAAUGCUAAUAAGAUAGCGUGUCUGCGAGUGGAUUCCUUUCAGGACCUUCACAAUCUCAACCUGCUGUCACUGUAUGACAACAAGCUGCAGACAAUCGCCAAGGGAACCUUCUCAUCACUGAGGGCCAUACAGACGCUACAUUUAGCCCAAAACCCAUUCAUCUGUGACUGCCACCUGAAGUGGCUGGCAGACUACCUGCAGGACAAUCCCAUCGAGACAAGCGGCGCCCGCUGCACCAGCCCUCGGCGUCUUGCCAACAAACGAAUUGGACAAAUCAAAAGCAAGAAGUUCCGCUGCUCAGCUACAGAACAGUAUUUAAUCCCAGGUACGGAAGAUUACCGCAGCAAGCUGGGAGGAGACUGUUUCGCCGACCUGGCCUGCCCGGAGAAGUGCCGUUGCGAGGGCACCACAGUGGACUGCUCCAACCAGAAACUCACCAAAAUACCAGACCACAUCCCUCAAUACACUGCCGAGCUACGCCUGAACAACAAUGAAUUCACUGUGCUCGAGGCCACGGGGAUCUUCAAAAAGUUGCCUCAACUGAGGAAGAUUAACCUGAGUAACAACCGCAUCACUGACAUAGAGGAGGGGACGUUUGAAGGAGCUUCAGGGGUCAAUGAGCUGAUUUUGACCUCCAACAGACUGGAAAACAUACAUCACCGCAUGCUGAAGGGACUCGGUGGCCUGCGCACUCUUAUGCUGCGGAGUAACCGCAUCAGCUGUGUGAGCAACAGCAGCUUUGUGGGUUUGAGCUCAGUGCGUCUGCUAUCACUCUACGACAACCAGAUCACCUCCAUGAACCCCGGCGCCUUCGACACCCUGCACUCGCUUUCCACACUCAACCUUCUGGCCAAUCCCUUCAACUGCAACUGUCACCUGGCUUGGCUCGGCGAUUGGCUGAGAAGGAAACGCAUCGUCACGGGUAACCCUCGCUGCCAGAGUCCUUAUUUCUUGAAAGAGAUCCCAAUCCAGGAUGUGGCUGUCCAAGACUUUGCUUGUGAAGAAGGUAAUGAUGACAACAGCUGCUCUCCAGUGCUGAGGUGUCCAGCAGAGUGUUCUUGCCUGGACACGGUGGUGCGCUGCAGCAACAAGGGCCUCAGCACUUUGCCCAAAGGCCUGCCUAAAGAAACCACUGAGCUGUAUCUGGAUGGGAACCACUUCACUCAGGUUCCUGUGGAGCUCUCCGAUUACAAACACUUGACACUCAUUGAUUUGAGUAACAACCAGAUCAGCACGUUGUCCAACCACAGCCUCAGUAACAUGUCCGAGCUGCUUACCUUCAUUCUGAGCUACAACCGCCUGCGGUGCAUACCAGUGAGGGCGUUUGAUGGACUCAAGUCUCUCCGCUUGCUGUCUCUUCACGGCAAUGAUAUAUCGGUGAUACCUGAAGGAGCUUUUAAAGACCUGUCAUCACUUUCCCACUUGGCUCUGGGCGCCAAUCCUCUCUACUGUGACUGCCACAUGCAGUGGUUGUCUGACUGGGUAAAGAGCGGCUACAAGGAACCCGGCAUCGCCCGCUGUGCUGGGCCCGGUGACAUGAUGGACAAACUCCUGCUCACCACACCGUCCAAGAAGUUCACCUGCACAGAAGUCCCGGGGCCUUGUGGUUUUCUGGUGCCAGGCCCAGUGGACAUCAGCAUCCAGGCUAAAUGCGAUCCCUGCCUGUCCAACCCUUGCAAGAAUGACGGUACUUGCUUCAAUGACCCCGUGCACUACUACCGCUGCACCUGCCCCUACGGAUUUAAGGGUCUGAACUGUGAGAACCCUAUCCAUGCUUGCAUCAGUAACCCCUGUCAGAAUGGAGGAACCUGCCAUCUAAAAGAAGGCGAAGGAAGUAGUUUUUGGUGUGUGUGUCCCGAGGGCUUUGAGGGCGAUGCCUGCGAGUUCAACAUUGACGACUGUGAGGACAAUGACUGUGAGAACAACUCUACUUGUGUGGAUGGAAUCAACAACUACACAUGCAUGUGCUCACCAGAAUACACAGCCGCCACCAAUGAAGUGGAGAGAGGGGAGCUAUGUGAAGAGAAACUGGAUUUCUGCGCUCCUGAAUUGAACCCUUGUCAGCACGACUCCAAGUGCAUUCUAACCCCACAGGGAUACAAGUGUGAGUGCACACCAGGCUACGUAGGUGAGCACUGUGAGGUGGAUUAUAACGACUGCGAUGAAAACAAGUGUCAGAAUGGCGGUCAGUGCAUCGAUGCUGUCAAUGGAUACACCUGUGUCUGUCCAGAGGGAUACAGUGGGUUAUUCUGCAACGUGUCCCCCCCGAUGGUCCUUCCUCGCACCAGCCCUUGCGACAACCACGACUGCCUGAAUGGGGCGCAGUGCGUCGUCAUAGGAACAGACCCACAAUGCCAGUGUCUUCAAGGUUACGAGGGGGAGCGCUGCGAGACGCUUGUCAGCGUCAACUUUGUUGACCCCAAGUCCUACCUGCAGCUUCCCUCCACUCUAAUCUCCCCACAGACGAACAUAAGCCUGCAGAUUGCUACAGACGAGGACAGCGGUGUGUUAUUGUAUAAGGGCGAUAAUGAUCACAUCGCUAUGGAGCUUUUUAGGGGGCGCCUUCGUGUCAGCUAUGAUACCGGGUCCUACCCUCCUUCUGCAAUAUACAGUGUGGAGACGGUGAACGAUGGCACUUUCCAUGCAGUGGAGUUGGUAGCAUCAGAUCAGACUUUGUCACUGUCCAUCGAUGGUGGGGCACCCAAAUCCAUCAACUCCAUCAGCAAACAGUCCACACUCAACUUGGACUCCCCACUUUACCUUGGAGGUAUGCCAGACCGUACCUCAGCGUCCGGGGGUCUGUCCGCCUUGCAGCACAGUUCAAGUGGACGAAACGGAACCAGCUUCCACGGCUGUCUGCGUAACUUGUACAUCAAUGGGAAGCUCCAGGACCUCGGAGCAGGGUUGGGUUCCGGUGCUACAGGAGCUGCGGCGGCACAGAGCACCACUCGGCAGUGGCUGGGCCAAGGGGUGGAGCCCGGCUGCCAGCCCUGCCAGAGAGGCGCCUGCAUCCAGGGGGACUGCCACCCGACGGGGCAUCGGGGCUUUACCUGUACCUGCCAUCCUGGCUGGACAGGAACGGUCUGUGACCAGCAAGUCAAUAACCCCUGUGAUGGCAACAAGUGUAUUCAUGGUACCUGUUUGGCGAUCAACUCCUACUCAUACUCCUGCCGCUGCCAGUCUGGCUUUAGUGGCGUCCUCUGUGACGAGCAGGACCAGGAAGCAGUCAAUCCCUGCAGCUCGUCUCACUGCAAGCAUGGCAAAUGUCGAGUGUCAGGCCUGGGCAAAGCGUACUGCGAGUGUAACAGUGGAUACACCGGAGAGGCUUGCGAUAAAGAGGUGGCCUGCAGAGGGGAACGGGUCCGAGAUGUCUACCAGAGACAGCAAGGCUACGCGGCGUGCCAAACCCAGGAGAAGGUCUCCCGUCUAGUGUGUAGGGGCAGCUGCUCGGGGGAAGCAGAGGGACAAACCACCUGUUGCACCCCCCUCCGCAGUAAACGCAGGAAAUACACCUUCCAGUGCACCGAUGGCUCUUCUUUUGUCCAGGAAGUGGAGAAGGUUGUCAAAUGUGGCUGUACAAAGUGUUCAUCAUAAAAAAAAAGAAAAAGAAAACAACAAAAAAAAAGACUUUGUCCUUGCAAGAUGUGUUUUGUGUUCCCGCCCGCCUUACCUGCUCCCCUCCCACCUUUUGAGAUCCUGACAAAAUCCUCCAACAGUUUUUUUUUAAAAACCCUUAAAAAAAGAAGAAAAAAAAACAGAAAAAAGAAACUGCAGAGUUUCUUUCCUUGUCAGUGCUGGACUGAUGAUUGAUGCUUCCUUGUGGGGAUGAUGAAUUGUAAAGUACAAGACUUAUUUUUUAUUACCAAGUGAAGAAAAAGACAAAAAAAGGAGUUGACUUUUUCCUGGCAUCUUUUUCUUGGUCAUGAUGACUCCGAUGUUUCUUCCCUGGAGGUUCCACACGCCGCAGACAUCCACCCCAAGCAUCCUUUUCUGUGAGUUGUGUCGUAAGCGUACCCUUAAAUGGUAGUAGCACAGAUUCACCACUAAGAGGAGCCGGGUCUCAACAGCGGAGAGUUCAGUGGGCAAUGACCCCACUGCGCCGAAGAGACUGAGUACCCCACUAUUUUGAAAAGCUACUGAACACUCUCACCUGUAGAAGAGUUAUGUUACCUGCCAGGGUCAAUACACUAUCCUCCCCAGUCAUGAGUAUUUAUUGUAUCAUAAAUACCUAUACUUAUUACGUAGGUCCUCCCCCAUGUAUCAAGCUGAUUCUUUUAAUAUAUAUUAAUUUAUAUUUGUCUGUAUUUUUGUAUUAAAAAGGCAUAAUCUGUCGAGAUAGCUGAACUAACAUGAUGGCGUCCUUCAUUUUGGUUGAAGAGUUUUGUUUUUUGUGCUUGCCAGAGACCUUAGUUACAUUUUAAUCAGCAAAUGUGACGUGAGGAUGGUGUAUAUUUUUGUCACAUUUCCUGAGAGAGUUGUACUGUGCCAUUACCAGAAGGUCUUUAUAUUAGAGUAUACAAAAGACAAAAUAUUGUGAGUAGCAUUGACCCUAGAGGAUGCCGAGAACUGUUUUUACCUUUUUAACAAAUUUAUUGCUUAAAGGAUACUGUGACUUUUUCUAAACGAACUACUUUGUUAGCCCCUUGGUCUCCAGUGUUUUAACAUAUUGCUGCUAAGUUUUUGUACCGUAGACUUGGAUCCUGAUCUGUAUGUUAUAUAGAAUCUCCUGCUCCGACUGUACAGGGGCGCCUUGUGUAACAGAUAAAUACAGUAUGUUCCCCACCUCUACACGUGUGCAUUGUGCUUUAUCGAUUCCACCUCUACCCACAGACUAAUGUCAGUUCCUUGACUGAUGUUUGUUAAUUAAAACCAAUAUUUACCUCA